CUCUCUCUCUCUCUCCCUCUCUCUCCCUCUCCCUCUCCCUCUCUUCCGUCUGCAAUUUUCGAUUUCUUCAAAGCUCUAAAACAACGAAGAAACUCUCUCUUUCUCUCUCUCUUCCGUCUGCAAUUUUUGAUUUCUUCAUAACUCGAAAGCAACGAAGAAACUACCAAUUAGGGUUUCGUCUUCGGAGCUCCGAUUUUGUAUGCGGGAUUAUAUGAGUGUUUUGUAUAGCAUUCUGUGGAUUCGUUGUGUUGCGAUUCAAUGGCGGAGCGGAGGUUCGGUAUAGGCUAUGCUUUGGCGCCCAAGAAGCAGCAAAGCUUCAUCCAAGAGUCGCUGGUCGACCUAGCCAGAUCGCGGGGCAUCGAUCUCGUUCGGAUCGACACUGAGCGCUCGCUGGCAGAUCAGGGGCCGUUCGACUGCGUGCUGCACAAGCUCUACGGAGACGAUUGGAAGCGGGAGCUGGCGGAGUUCAGGGUCAAGAACCCUGACGGGGUUAUAAUCGACGCGCCAGAGGCGAUCGAGCGCCUGCACAAUCGGAUUUCCAUGUUGCAGGUGGUUUCGGAGCUGAGAAUCGAGCAUGAGAGCGACACGUUUGGGAUUCCAAAGCAGAUUGUAAUAUACGACAAGGAAACGCUGUUUGAUCGCCAGGCGUGGGAGGGUCUAAAGUUUCCGGUAAUCGCGAAGCCGCUGGUGGCGGACGGCAGCGCCAAGUCGCACAAAAUGGCGCUGGUUUUCAACCACGAUGGUCUCGACAACCUCAAGCCCCCAAUUGUGCUUCAAGAAUUUGUGAACCAUGGCGGCGUCAUCUUUAAGGUGUACGUGGUUGGAGGGUAUGUCAAAUGCGUGAAGCGUAAGUCACUUCCGGAUGUUUCCGAAGAAGAGAAAUUGGGGAGCUUGGAUGGCUUGAUGUCGUUCUCACAGAUAUCGAAUCUUGCAAACAAUGAGAGAACUGAUGACAAGUAUUACAAAAUGAUGCAGCUGGACGACACUGAGAUGCCGCCGCAGAGUUUCAUCACUGAUAUUGCAAGGGGCUUGCAGCAGGCAAUGAAGUUGAACUUGUUUAACUUUGAUGUGAUUCGGGAUGCGAGGUUUGGGAACCGCUAUUUGAUAAUCGACAUUAAUUACUUUCCUGGGUACGCCAAAAUGCCUGGCUAUGAGACUGUGUUAACGGACUUCUUUUGUGACAUUGUGCAAAAGAAAGAGAAAGAUGGGGUGGAAAGCACUGGUUUGGACAGUUACGAGGUUCUUAGCUGCGACGAUGAAGUGAGGAGGAUUGUAAGUUGUGAUGGAGAUGAUGGGGGUGAUCUUAACGUAGAAGAGGAGAACCGAAUUCAAGUUUAAAAGGCGGUGUGGCCUCUUCGUCUGAUGGUUGGCUGGCAGGUUAUUCGGUGAUUCAUGGACGAAGUUGAGCUGCACAUUAGGUUUAGAUAGCAGUUGGGGUACAGUGCUGAAGUGAGUAGGUUGGCUCUUGGUUUUAGCUUUAACUUCUUGACAACAAGAUUACAUGAAGUUCAGUGUCGAUCGUGUAUAUUCCAUCCACCAAUGCUCUGGAGAAGGUACUUCUCAAAAUACUCUGCUGAAGUUUUAGCCUUUUAGGAAAAUCAAGUUGUAAUCUGAGGCUUUAAAGUCUUUCCUUGCCUAGAAGCUGUUUUAGUUUGUGCCAUAGGCACCAUUUAGUUAAUGGAUUUUGGCCUUUUGGUUAAUGAUUUUUUCAUUUUUAUUCUUUUAUGCUUUUUAGUUUCUGUUGAAUUUAUCAAAUUUAUGAUACUUUUUUCUCCUGUUCUUGAAGUA